GAGCCUGCUGCAGAACUACAGACUUGACCGCUCACCAGAAACAAGAUGAGCAAGCAGUACAAGGACAGGGAGUCCGGCUCUUCUCUCAGUAUCUUCAUGUGGAAACCAGAUCAUCAUCAACAAUGAGUAAACAAGAUAAAAUUCAGAAGGACUUCCUUCUUCCGGAUCUCAAAAAAGAUGGGGUGAAGCUUUAUCUCCAGAAGAUCAGAAAAGUUGCUUCAGAUAACAGGGGGUCAGAGAUUAAACUGAAAAAGGUAGAAGAGUACAGUUUCAAGGUCGGAACUUUGGAAGAAACAUCGUACAAAGAUGAGCCCGACAUGGUCGAUGAGUGGGAGCAGUUCUACCUCCCAGAACACAUGUUCAUGGAGGUGAUUGGUGUUUUUGAGGAGUUCCCCUGUUGCUCCCCCAAUGGUGAUCUGGUGCUGAUGGUGUGUGAGGACGAGAAGGUGUUUGCUUUUGAAGAUGAGACGCUGCAUCUCGUCUCAAACAACCUCGAAGAGCUGUUUAAGAACGGCCUCCAGUUUCCAGGAACCGAGCAGUAUUACCGUGGGCAAACCUUUGAGGACAUGACCGAAGAAGAUUGGGACAGGGUGAGGGAAUCAGACGGAUUGAAGGAGAAGAGGAAGGAACACCAGGAACUGCUGGAGAGUAUGAAGGACUCCUUUCUCAACAACCUGAACAUCAUCAUGGGGAGAAAGCGAGUCGUGACUAUACUUGCAGCCUGCAACAUGCACUGUUUGAUGAACUCGCCAUUGUCGCGACGGGCAGAGAGCCGGCGCACACAAGAAGGAAAUCACUCCUUCUCCAACUGCCGCACCGGCACGACAUGGGCAGCUUCGUGCCGAACAUUCCGCCAGCCGGAAGGACCGCUGUGGUGGGGCGGGACUGACGCGACGCCGGCCAGCGAUUGGCGGACCCAAUGGAGAAAUUCCACCACUCAGGCGACGGCGGAGGAGGAUAAAAGGGCGCGCUUCCGGCUGUACGGGAGAAGAGAAGACCGUAGCGACAAGACAGACUCCGUGCAAGCGCGACGAGAUCGCCGGGUGGUGAGAGUCCCGCCUACGGAGGACGCCGGCCCGGGAAAACCCUCGCCCCCGUCUGGGGAAUCCCGCCUCCGCCACGAGUAGGCUACACCGGCAGUCACACUUCCACAAGCCCCGCACUCAUCCCCUCACAACCCACUCACUUCACCCUUGCACCAAUAAACCACCGUUUGUGAACGUUCUUCUGCCACCUGUGGGUCUGUACGCCACCCUUCCCCGGGCUAAUUCCUCACACUGGUGGAGGAUGCAGGCAUAGUACAGACUCGCCUACCAUAAACGUAAAAAAAAAACGAGAGAAAAAAAUAAAUAAAUAAAUAAUAAAAAAAAA